AUUUAAAUAUUCAAAUUAUUCAACUUACUUUACCAUCAAAGUUUUAUAUUUGGAUUCUGACAAAAUUCAGCGUGAAUGCAAAAAUUACGAAACUUUGUUUUGAAGACAUAUUAAAAACACGAAUUAAUGUUGAUAAACAACUCCAACAAACCCCAAACAUUAAAAUCCAAAUUGAAAUGGAUCAAACCGUAUUCUAUGAACUUUGUGGUGCUCUAAGAACAUAUAAUGAAGCUAAAAACUUUUACUUGCCAUUACAAUCUCUCAAUGCGAGACCGCGGAAAUUCUG